GUUUGAACGCGCGGAACUCUCCCGGAACUCAAACAGUUUAUGACAACACAGGAGAAAGCGCCGAUCUUUUAAUCAAAUGUACGGAAUUUUAAUUCGCAUAUAAACACAACAAGUAAAGGUGACUGAUGAGCAGCAUGGCAGACGACUUCAACCAAUCCCUCACUCCCCCAGUGUCCCCUACAGAUGGUCUGUGUGAGCUUCCCCCAGCCAGACCACCUUGGUUCUGCUGCUCUGAAGUUAAGGAGGAUCCAACUGGGCCACUCUCAAAUGAGGGAUACACUGCUCGAGGUUCACUGAAAAGGUUGCUGCUGUGUCUUGAUCCAGCCCCUGCAGACUAUGAGAGCGACACAGUGGAGAUGUUUGGUUUAACCUGGGUUACAGAGACAGCAUUGGUCGAAUCAACCAAACUACUCUUUGGACUACUCAGACAAAAGAUCUACAGGCUUGAGACUAUGACACAGCACAGCUCACAUGACUUUGGUCAAAGAGGCAACCUCCACUAUGAGGCCUCUGAGCUCAGACAGCAAUGUGUUUCAUUUCUUCAAUAUAUUAAAGUCUUCUUACACAGAUACCUGAAGGUUUCCUGCAGCCUUGAUGCACAUCCACCCCACCCUUAUGAGGAGUUGGAGGGUCAACUUCCAUCUGUUCUUGUCGAAGAGUUGUUUGGCAUCAUUCUGCUCAUUGGGCGUCUUAAAGACCUGCCUGCUAACAUUCAGAAUGCUUUCACUAUACAGAACCCAGGAAAGAUUUUUCCUCCCUCUUGGCAUUUACUGCACCUUCACCUUGACAUCCACUGGUCAGUCUUGGAAAUCCUCCACCUGUUUGGCCAUAAGAUGCAUGGCCAGGUGGUGUAUGCACACCAGUUUGUGAACCUGACGGGAGAGAACUUGACUGAUACCAGUCUGUUUGAGGACCACCUCUGCAGCCUUCUGUGUGACCUUACUGGCCUGGCCAUGGGCAAAUACAGCAAGGUUAGGCCGACAGAGGUUCUUAGCAGUCAUCAUUACCUCUGCUCCUGCACUAAAGAGCUGUGGAUCCUGGUCAUUCACCUUUUGCAAUAUAGGAAUAAAAGGCGACACUCACAGUCUUUUUGGAGCUAUAUGAACUCAUUAUUGAGGCCUCUAGUGUCAAACAAACCUACGGCAGAACAGUUCAGUGGCCUCCCGACACACUGCAAGGACCCUCUAGGAUUCACAUGGUGGCUGCUCACUCAUUUAGGAAUGCUAGGCCAGUACAAUCAAAAUGGCAUAAUCCAAGCAGAGAAAUCCCUAGAUGACAAUUGGACAUUUGUGGAAGAGUUGCUCAAGUUGACUUGCAAGCCACAGGGAGGUCUUGGAGAAGAGCAGGUCAGAAUGCAUGUGCAUUGUUGUCUCUCUUUGUGUCUACUGUGGAAACCGAGUACCAGUGCUGUGUCCACCCUCUGGGACUACUACAGCAAAAACCUAGGUGCCUCAUUCACCGUGCCUUGGCUCGGAGUGAGUGGCUUGGGCACUUUGUCCAAGUCCCCUCUGUCUCUGUUGGAACUGGCACGCAACUGCUGUGAGCCGUCUCCUGUCCGCUCCCAAGGACAUACCCAGCUGUAUCGUUCAUCCAGUUCAUUCCACAUCUUCCUGCGACUGCUGGCCCUGUGCCUGUCUCAGGACAGGGUAGGGGGAGUACCACAGAGACAGCUCAAAGGAAGGAUUUGCUCAAAGUUCUCCUCAAAGAAGAUGAAGGAGCUGACAGAGGCCGGCCUCAUGAACUUCCUGCUACUGUUUCUGGUGGUUGCCAUGAAAGUGGAGCUGGAGGAUGUUGCCAGUAAAACCUGUGAGCUGCUGAGCUUCCUCCCAUCUGACUGCUCCCCAGGUCACCGCACGCUGGUCUGGAGGGGACAGCUGGCUCUGGUAUUGUUAUUUCAGGAGAGGGGCUUGGAUCUUGGCCCCCUUGCUAGUGGAUUGGCCACAUCUUUCAAUGAUACCGCCAAGGAAUUCUACAAUAAAACUACGGAGAUGUCUCGUAAACUUGCCCUCUGGGGGCCUCUCGGAUCUUACCUGGAAGGGGUGGCUGAAGUGUUUGAAACUAGCACCAGGCUCAACCUAUCAGAGGAAAAACUUCUGAAUGAAGGCUUUGUUUGGUUGCUGCCUGCCUGCCGUCAAUCCGAACUGAAUUCUGUACUUGGCUUUCUGCAGACUGUCCUCGCCCAACUCAGACGGGCACAUCAAUGUUGUGUCCAGUCAGGACCUACAAUGAACCGACUGACUACCAACAGUGUUGUGAAAGAGCCCCACCUAGCGGUGGCUUCAGCACUCUGGGCACAUUUCUUCCCCUUCCUCCGCAAUUUACGACUUUCUCAGACGCCUCCAGCCCAGUUGGCAGAUGCUGCUGCAGGCUUCACACUUCUGGCAUUCGAGCUGCCCGCUUCCGCCCCCCAGGACCUUCAACCCAAUCCAGUUCAAUCCAUCAUGCAAUACUUCGGCUGGGAUGACAUGGUUCAUCCACUUCUUGUCACGCGCUACCUUCCGCAUCUACUCCAGAACAGCGAACUGGUGUCCUCACUUAGUGGCGAUCGUGGGAUCAUUGUGUCUGCCUCAUCGCAAAGUAUGUCAGUCCGGGCCUGGUUUCGGUGUGUUCUACAGCAACACCUUGGUGGGUCUGAAAGCAGAGCAGACCUCGCUUUGGAGGAGCAGCUGUGUGAACUGACCCGCCUAGUGCUGAUGCUUCCUGAGGUGGACGGUCUUUUGCAGAAAGCGAACCUCUGUCCUACAGCCACCGUGACAAAGCCCACGUCAGCCUUGGAGUUGUUUGUAAAGGCUGUAGGCAGAGUGUACAGCGGACUGCAAGUUUUGUCUGAACGUUCAGCCAUGGUGACCAGAGCGCUGGACUACAUUGGAGACGUCCUUAAAUAUAUCAAACCCUCUUUUGUCAGCAAGAAUCCGAAAGGAAUUCAGCUAACUUAUUGGGCUGUUGGCUGCGUCGUGAAGCAUUGGAGCCACCUGCUGGUCACAUCCAAAGCGCAGCAGUUGCUCUUCCGCAUCGUGGAUCGGCUGCUACUCCCGCAUAACCUCUCUCAGCAAGACACGGCUCUAAGAAACAGUCUGCCACUCUAUCUACAGGGUCUGUCAGUGGCUUGUAGUGUGUCCCCGUCACAAGGGGCGCACCUGAAGCAACAGCUCCAUUCCAUCAUCCGAAGAUAUCUUGAUCAUUUCCUUCCCGUCUCUCCUUCGUUGGGUAGUAUCACCAAUCAUCCCGUGCUUCUCAGCGCAUGCGAAGCCAUCCCAAAUGGCCCUGGGGCCUUGCUGAGGAGGAUUAUCCUGCAGGUCCUCUGCAAGAGUUUCCUUCAGUUCAAAGGUCAUUGUCCUCCACCUCGCCUCGUGCCCGUUCUGUUAUUCCUGUGGGAACUUCUAAGACGUAGCAGCGACUCAGACCCUGACCUCCUCACUCUACCGCUUCCUUCUCUACUGCGUUGCUUGAUGCUGUGCAAUGACCCUCAGGCGCGGAAGACAAGCACAGAUGCAGUCCAACUUGUGGUAGAGCGUUGUGCUGCGGGGUCUGCACAAGGACCAAGCGAGCAGCUGAUAUCUGUCUUAAAGUCAUUUGUGUCAGAGAAUGAGGGAGUCUAUGACAGGCAGAUUUACACUGUUCUGGAGACGGUGGCUGUUUUAGAUCCUCUUGUUGUCGAAGCCCUGAUUCCCACCCUGUCUCUCACUCUAAGAAACAACGAACACAAGAGAGGACUGGGCAAGAAUGCCACCUUAAGAAGUGCAUACACAAAACUGCUGUGUCUUCUCGGGGAGAGUGGGCAGGCCGAAAUAUCAAGUUUGGAAGAAGACUAAAGUGCCAAGACCUAAAAAUAAGCUUGAAGCAUCUUUUUCUGCAUAAUAUUAUUAUUAUUAUUGUUAAACAUUAGCAACAUAAAUGUUAAACCUUGGAAAAAAAAAGUUUGUAUUGACUUUAAUUGAUGUUUUUUUCCGCACCCAGGUCCCCAUAGUAGCAUUACAAAAUUGCACUUGCAAAAUUGUUAUUCAGUACUUCAGCUGUUAUACAAGAAAAACUUGUCAUUGAUUAUGUGAGACAAACUUUAAACAAUUAAAUCUGCAGUGUGGUCCUAAACUAGAGGAUUGAUACUGUUUGUUAAUGCCUAUUGAAUGUACAUGUACUAUAGUCAUGCAAUGUAUGCGUUUGACCAGAUUGUAUAUAUUGUAAAGAAGGUGUGCAAUUAAAUUAGUAUUUUAAAUUUCA